GGGAGAUCCAGCUCACAGAAAGCUCUUGGGCUUCAACCUAAGCGUUACAGAAAAUGCCAGAGAGAGGAGUAUGGCCCAAGGUGAUUAUGUGCAUCUUGCCCGUUGCUGAGAUAGUAGUUGGAGCUGUGCACCAAAAUGACUGCCCGAAGCAGCCCUUCAUCCCCAUCUACUUGGAGGUGAUGGGAGCCUUGGGUCUGUUUUAUGGUGCGCUCUUUUUUCUGUGCCGCCCCGAUGAACUCAGCCGUUGUGGCAUGGCCUUCAACAUCGUGUACCUUCUCAUCCGCUUCGGCUGGUUCUUCACUGGUAACUGGUGGAUCUACUCAAUCUAUCAACCCAACUACAACCAGACGACAACAGAUGUGGAUCCGUACUGCAACAAGACGCUCUACCUGUUUGCCUUCUGGACCACCAACCUGGCCUACAUCAUAGUUCCUCCGUUAAUAGUCUUUGCCAUGUGCUGCCCUCGUCACCUUCCACGUGAAAUCACAAGCGGUGGCAACGUAUAACAAUUCAGUCCCAAAAAAAUGUUUUGAUGAUGAUGAGUUACAGGUGCAUCUCAAUAAAUUAUAAUAUCAUAGAAAUGUUUAUGUCACUAAUUCAAUUCAAAAAGUUGAAAUACCACAAUACAUAGAUGCAUUACACACAGAAUGAAACAUUUCAUGUCUUUAUUUAUUUAAUUUAUUCUAAUUAUAAUGAUUGUGGCUUACAUUUAACGAAGACCUAAAAUCCAGUGUCUAAAAAAAUGUAAUAUUACAAAAGACCAAUUUUUAAAAGUAUGUUUAAUAUGGAAAUGUUGGCCUCUGAAAAGUAUGUCCAUCUAUAUGACUCAAGACUUAGUUGGGGCUAUUUGACUUGAACUACUGGAAAUGGACUUUUCCAUCAUAUUCUAAUUUAUUGCGAUGCACCUGU